CUACGAAUUUUUUCUCAGAUACAGAAAUUUUACUUUCAACAGUCUAGUUGAUUUGGGAACUGUAAAUUAGGUAUGCAUUGAGCACCAUGAGAAAAAUCAAAUCUUAUUAGUGGUUUAGAAUCCGUGUAUAUUAGAACUAGCGACGCAGAAAUGUGUGUCUAUCAUAGCAUUUGUAUUAAGAAGAAAAUUUCUUAAAGAAUGGCAUUCGUCUUCGCAUAUAUUAACGGAAUGGAUGAUCAGAGCAAGAAUUUUCGGCAGCAAAGAUGUGAAACUACUUCUGUCUGUGUUGAUGCAGGAAAUUUUAUUUUAUUGUAAAUAAAAUUUUCAUGAAGCUCUAAACGAAUGCAGUUCAUCGCAGGGUUUACGGAUUAAAAUCAUUGUACCUAAUAAGCGAAGUACUAGCAAUAACUCAAUUGUGCAUAGUUUUUAUACGAAUGGUAUAAGCUUGGGUAAUGACUUGCUUAAGGUGAUACAUCUCUCGGUUAAAAGUUGUAUAUUUUUUUAUUUACAUCUGCAGAUUUUUACAUAUGUAAAUUUGUGCAAAAUCAAGAAAGCAGAAGAAAUUGCAUAUGUCAGACUAAAAACAAGCAGCAUUUUAUUGAUUUCAAUGCAUAAUACGGCAUUCUGUCAGCCGAUGUGAUUUAUUUUCGUUGCAAUUCCCUUAACGAAUAGCUAAUGCAUGAAAGUAGAAAGCUUUUGCGCUCUGUUGGAAAUGUGGUUUAUACGAAAGCGGCAAACUUCGAUACUCAAGAUGAGUCUCACGAGAAAGAAACAUCAACUAGUUCCAGUCCUGGAUUGGUGCUACAGGCCUUGCCGCAGCGCAGGGAAUCUUUCCUUUAUCGGCCGGAUACUGACUUUGAUUUGUCGCCGAUUUCCCGCCAUUCUUCGAUUGCCAGCGAGCACUGUGAAGAUCUUAUUGUCACACCUUUUGCUCAGAUUUUGGCCAGUUUGAAAAAUGUUCGGAAUAAUUAUGUUUGUUUGACUGAUCUUCCUGAGAGGUCAAACAGAAGACCAUCUAAUUCUUCCUCUAACAUUUCACCGGUAUCUAAACCCCUUUCUGAUGAUGAAUUUUCAAAGCUGGCAUCCGAGACAUUGGCAGAACUUGACUGGUGUCUUGACCAGUUGGAGAAUAUACACACCCACCGCUCAGUUGGAGAUAUGGCCUCUAGUAAGUUCAAGAGAAUGCUUAAUAAGGAAUUGAGUGUUUUCUCUGAUUCCAAGUCCGGUAGUCAGAUUUCUGAGUACAUUUGCUCAACUUUUCUUGACAAGCAACAAGAACUUGAUUUGCCAGCUCUUUUGGAUGAAGAAGCGCAAAAUGCUUCGAAGCAGAAGACCAGUCAAACCAUGUCUCAAAUUUCUGGUGUUAAGAAGCCACUUUGCCAUACCAACAGUUUAACUAAAUUGCCCAAAUAUGGUGUUGAAACACCUCAUGAAAUAGAACUUGGAAAGAUGCUAGAAGAAGUGAAUAACUGGGGUUUGGACAUUUUUAAAAUUGAUUAUUGUUCUGAACAUCGACCUCUUACAGCUGUUGGAUACCAAAUAUUUAGAGAGCGAGACUUGUUGAAAACAUUCAAAAUUCCUUCCAAAACACUUUUAAAUUUUCUAAUGACUCUUGAAGAUCAUUAUCUUAAAGUGCCAUACCAUAAUCGUAUACAUGCUUGUGAUGUAACUCAGUCAGUUCAUGUUUUGUUGUCUUCCCCAGCUUUAAAUUCCGUUUUUACUGAUUUGGAAAUAUUAGCUGCACUCUUUGCAGCAGCAGUUCAUGAUGUUGAUCACCCAGGUGUUACAAACCAAUACUUAGUGAACUCCAGUUCUGAAUUAGCACUCAUGUAUAAUGAUGAAUCUGUCUUGGAAAACCAUUCUUUGGCUGUUGGAUUCAAGUUGCUGCAAGAUGAAAACUGUAAUAUUUUUCAAAGUUUAACUAAGAAACAGAGACAAACCUUGAGAAAAAUGGCCAUUGAUAUGGUGCUUGCAACAGAUAUGUCCAAGCACAUGUCACUUUUAGCUGAUCUAAAAACUAUGGUUGAGACAAAGAAAGUAGCUGGAUCUGGAGUUCUUUUGCUUGAUAAUUAUACUGAAAGAAUACAAGUAUUGCAAAAUAUGAUUCAUUGUGCUGACCUGAGUAAUCCAACAAAACCCUUAGAGAUAUAUCGUACCUGUGUAAACCUGAUCAUGGAGGAAUUUUUCCAGCAAGGUGACAAAGAAAGAGAAAUGGGAUUAGACAUUAGUCCAAUGUGUGACAGAGAGAAUGCAACUAUUGAAAAGUCUCAAGUUGGUUUCAUUGAUUAUAUUGUUCAUCCUCUGUGGGAGACAUGGGCUGAUUUAGUUCACCCUGAUGCUCAAGAAAUAUUAGAUACUCUUGAAGAAAAUCGUGAUUGGUACCAGAAUAUGAUUCCAGUUAGCCCAGACUCCAACAACCCUGAAGAAGAACAAGAUCAAAGUACACAGUCUUCAGAACUAGCAGCUGCAGCAGAAAAAAUCCAAUUCCACAUAACAUCUGAAGAUCAAGAUGAUCAAGAUCUUGAAGAAGCAGAAAGAAGCUGAGCAGAUACUUUGCAAAAAAAAAAAAAAAAAAAAAAAAAAAAAAAAAAAAAAAAGUUUUUUGUUUUUUUUUUUUUUUUUUUUUUUUUUUUUUUUUUUUAUGUGAGAACUGCUGUGCAAAAUUAUUUGUUCAAAUUAUUGUUCAAAAUGUUUAAUAAGAAGUUUUGUAUGGUAUGACUGGUUUUAUCUUCUUACCAUAUGGAAAUUCUGUUUGAUUUCAUAUCAUAAAAAUAGUUGCUGUCAAGUAAGUUUUACAUGUGAUACAUUAUUUGUUUAUCAUUGCAAUGUUUUUAAAAUGUUUUAAUAAAUUUGAUUGAAACAAUGUACUUAUUACUAAAUAUUUUUACUUUGCAAAAUAUUAUUUUAGAAUCAGAAGUACCAAGAUAUAAAUUUUUAUCUUUAUGAGAUACUUUUUAUAGUCUUUCUAUUAAAUUUUUCUCACUUCAGAAACUAUGAAUUACUGUACAUUUUAUUACAGUUUAUAAUUUUGUGCUCUAAAUUCGAAUAUUACUGAUUUUUAACUUUAUAUUUUUCUUAAUAUUAAGAAAUGUGCAUGGACUAUUUGAAAAAUGCAUUAUCUUCAUAUGACAAGCUGAAGUUUGAAAUCUUGAGUAAAAAAAAACUACUCAUGCUCAUCGUCCAAAAUUAUAUUUAUUGUCUCAUUAUGUUUUGGAAAGCUAUUCAUAUUGCUAACAUUUGUAUAGUAAAGUGACCUUAAUAAUAUGUAUACAUUUUCAUGUGUUGCAUUUUAAAUGUGUGUAAAAUAUUUCAUCUUUUCAGAAUCUAUUGGUGUUUGUAUUCCUGUGAAAUGUUUAUUUUUAUAUUUACAAGCCCACCGCAUUUUAGUUUCUUUGUAGACAGUUUUCUUUUCUUUGGCUAAUUCUGUUCUGUUAUCUUAGCUGUACGAAUCUAAGAUACAUUUUGUUUAAUGUUUUCUAUAGGUGAGCAUGAAAAAGUUGUUUCUUUUUCUUUUAUUUAGAUCUAAAUAAAUCUAGUCACUAUUGGUAUUUAACAGCAGAACUGUUCAUGAAUUGAAAGACUUUUAGUAUAAUAAAAAAUUAUGUUUUAUACAAAAGUCAUGGAUUUAGAGAUAAUUGCAUCUUGUUACAAGAUAGCUUUAACUGCUUUCAGUCAAAGAAACAUGCAGAUAACAUAACUACUUAAACAGCAAACCAUUCUUUGAUCAUAAAUAUCCUAUAAGUCAUAAUAUUAUAUGAUUUUUUAUUAUAUUGUUGAAAUUUUAUUUAUGAUAUAUUAUCCAGUUUUUCUAAAAUAAGAUUGAAUCUGCAGUGUAAAGAAACCAGGUAUGCCGUUGUUGAGUCUUACAUUGGAUUUCAUUAAAAUGACACGAUUAACUGAAUGUAAAUAAAUUGAAGAAAUAAGUAGUUCCUGGCCAAAGCAAGAAAUGCUUGAUGUUGAAUCGAAUUAAAAAUAAUGCUGAAUGUGUCUUGUAUGCUGUGUUAUUUUAGUGGAAAAAAUUUAAAAGUUAACUAUGUGAUAGAUUUCAUUCAGUAUUUUACUAUCUGGCAGUAUACACAAAAAAUUAUAAAGAAGUAGUAUUUUAAAAGAUUGGUACCGCCUUCCAUCGCCCCUUCCCCACAUUAUUUUUCCUUAAAAUAUGAAUCUCAGCAUGUAGGAAUUAUAAUAGAAAUCUUGAGUUUCAAUUUAAGCUGGUAUUGUCUGCACUUAAUAGGAGUUGCUAUAAUUGAGAAAGCUUUGACAUUUUAUUGUUGGGUGAAAUUGACAUUCCUGUCAUUUGUUAUAGCAAUAACAUACUCGUAUUGAUAGAACGUUUGUUGGGACUGAGAAAUAAGUCUAUUUUAUUUCCUGUUAAAAAUUUCUAUGUCUAUUUUUUAUUAAUUAAAUAGAAAAAAUGUUUAUAGAAUUUAUCUUUGUUAUUAAUGUUCAUGAUGUAAAUAACAAAUAGAGUUUUCUAUUUUAUUGUGUUCCUAGAUUCAUCAGAAAGUAUUAUUAUUUUUGUGCAUGUCUGUUCAUGUUAAAAAUGGCAACUUUUUAUGUCAUAUAUGAACACAUCUGUCUCAAAUAGUAACCUGUUUUUAGGAAACUAUGUGUCAAUUUUUUUAAUCUUAAUUGCAUAGUCUCUGAAGUAGUUCUAGUUCUCAUAUAAGAAAACAUAUUAUCUGUUUAUAAAAAGUAAUAUUUGUUUUUAAGACAUAUUAAAUAUCCCAAAUGUGAAGUUACACCACUGAAUGAAGUGCUGUAUAGUCUAAUCUCUAGUCAUGUGAACGAUAUUCCUAAAAGUGUUUAAAAAUUUAUGCUGCAAGAUUGUUCAAUAAAGGCUGUUCUGUGUUUUCA